AUGUUGCAAUUCAAACUGGUCCUAUUAGGUGAUUCUUCUGUGGGUAAGUCUUCGAUCGUACACAGGUUUGUCAAGGAUUCUUUCGAUGAGUUUCGCGAAAGUACGAUUGGAGCUGCAUUUUUGUCUCAGACCAUCAAACUGGAAAAACAGGACGAUGUGACUAUUAAGUUCGAAAUAUGGGACACUGCAGGUCAAGAACGUUACAAAUCAUUGGCCCCCAUGUAUUACAGAAACGCCAACGCAGCCCUCAUCGUCUAUGAUAUCACACAACCUGAUUCGUUGGCCAAAGCCCAAAGUUGGGUCGAUGAACUCAAAAACAAAGUUGGCGAUCAAGACCUUGUCAUCUGUCUGGUUGGUAACAAACUAGAUUUGUGUGAGGAAGACCCUCAGAAAAGGGUUGUCGACACUGAAGACGCUCAACGUUACGCCUCGGAACAAGGGCUCUUGUUUCAAGAGGUAAGUGCCAAAACUGGCGCAGGCGUAACGGAUAUCUUCCAAACUAUUGGUGAAAAGCUAUAUGUUCAAAAGAAAAAUUCUCAACAAGCUGCCUCUCAAACACGCAAUACAGUCAAUGUCGAGCUCCAAAGACCGUCUACGAACGACUCGACAUCCUGCUGUUCUUGA